AAGCUGACCGAUUUUGCAAAGCAGCACGCAAAGGAAAUCCAGCACGAUCCCGUCUUCCGCCAGCGGUUUCUGAAAAUGUGUGCACCUUUGGGAGUGGAUCCGUUGGCUUCCAAACAGUCGUUUUGGGGCAAAGUUCUCGGUAUGGGCGAUUUUUAUCACGAGCUCGCCGUCAAAGUAGCUGAAGUGUGCCUGGCUAGUCGAGCCCGAAAUGGUGGAAUUAUGAGUGUUACAGAGGUUCAGGAUGUUUUGGAAAAGCGUAGGACUCGGCUAGGUACAACGACCUCGCAAGCUAAAGUGAGUACGGCGGACAUUCAGGUGGCGAUUACCAAGCUCGCCAAACUUGGAGGUGGGUUUCGGACGAUUGAGGUAGGAAAGUCUACAAUGGUUGUGUCUGUUCCGACUGAGCUCGAUAACGAUCACAUGACGGUUAUGAGCAUUGCCAAUAAUUUUCAGGAUCAUGGAGUAAAAGUGGUCCAAGUGAUUGAACUGACGGGCUGGACAAUGGACCGCGCGGAACGGUCACUAAAGCUGCUAUUACAAGAAGGUAUCGCUUGGCUGGAUACCAAGGAGGGGAUUGACUAUUACUGGCUGCCUAGUAUUUGGCAAGAAUGUACCUCACAAACCUUUGCGAAGGAGUUUAUUUAA